GCCGCCACCGCCGCCGCUGUCGCCGUCAGUGUCCGAUUUACUUCCGGCCGACCCGACGGGCCACCGCGCAACACACACACGCACACACACUCGCACUCGCGCACACUCACACACACACACACUCACUCGCACACACACACACACACACACACACACACACACACACACACACGAACACGCACAGAAUCGCGCGAAGAAACCGAGUACGACGACCGCACCACUACAGCGCACGCGAUCACGAGAGUCGGAAGUUCGCGAACUCAGUAGGCCCCUGUACACCGGGACCGCGUGAAAACAUCGCGAUUUCGACUCGAACAUAAUAAAUUAUUUUUAUAGUAAAAAUUAUAAAUAGUAAAUGAAUAAUUAUUAUUCGUCGCCGUCGCCAUCGAAUUUGUUUUUCACCUGAUUUAUCGAACAACCCCCGCACACACCCCGUCUGAGGAAAAACAUCAAAUUUCCUCCGUUACCGAUAGUGGUGUCGCCGGUGCUAUUUCGUUUCUUAGUUCUAGCUGUCUUCACCGUCCACACCUAUAUACAUUAUAUUAUUAUAAUACCGUAAUAUAUAAUACAACGUUGGCCAACGAUUGAAUUUCGUAUUUUUGCAGAAAACCAAUCGCCGUCUCAGCUAGUGCACCUCAGAGCGUCAUAUUAUACAUACGAAUAUCGGCACACGAUGUCCCGUCGUUCAGCGGUCGUCAGCAGGGCUUGACAGCAGAGGUCACAGAACAGGGUCAGCCAUUACACCGAGCACGUCUGCAGUGAUCCACCGCAUAUAUCUCGUCGAAUACACGUCAUCUCGGUGGUUUUUCGAUUACGACGAUGGCCGACAACAACAACGACCUCGGUUGCCAGGACUGGAACGCGCCCCCCGCCAAAGGACAAGUGGUCGACUUCUACGACGGCGCGUCGGUGUUCGUCACCGGCGGCACGGGGUUCGUGGGCAAGGCGCUGAUCGAGAAGCUGCUCAGGUCGUGUCCGGGCCUGAAGAACAUUUACCUGCUGAUCAGGCCCAAGCGGGGCAAGGACAUAGAGUGCCGUUUCCAGGAGCUGUUGGAAAAUCCGGUGUUCGAUCGCAUUCGGUCCACAGCCGAUGCAGAAAAAGCGUUCGAGAAAGUAGUGUGCAUCAACGGCGACGUGUCCGACCCCGACCUGGGCCUGAGCGCCGAGGACAGGCAAAGGCUGUGUUCUGACGUGACAAUCGUCUUCCACUCGGCGGCCACCGUCAAGUUCAACGAGACUCUCCGCACCGCUGUCACACUCAACACGUUGGGCACGAAACGCGUCGUCGACCUGUGUCGGUCGAUGCCAAAGUUAAAGGCUAUGAUUCACGUGUCGACGGCGUACUCGAACGCAGACAAGAUGACGAUCCAAGAAUCAGUGUACAAGCCGCCUGCCGACCCUGGUUUCGUGAUCAACUGCUGUCAGAAGAUGUCCGAGGAUGACCUACGGGAGAUGGGUCGACGGAUGCAGGGUAACCAUCCGAACACGUAUACCAUGACCAAAGCAAUGGCCGAGUGGGUGGUCGCCGAACAAGCGGACGACAUACCAGCGGCAAUCGUCAGGCCCAGCAUAGUGACCGCUGCUUGGAAAGAGCCGUUCGAAGGGUGGGUAGACAACAUGAGUGGCAUCACAGGCAUUAUGAUGGAGAUAGGACGGGGCACAAUCAGGAGCAUCGUGUGCGACCAGAAGCUCCGUGUGGACAUCAUACCUGUCGAUAUUCUAGUGAACACGCUAAUAACGUCUGCCUGGCACACGGCCACAUACAGGCAAAACGCCGUCCGGGUGUACAACUGCACUUCCGGAGCACUGAACCCGCUCCGCUGGGAAGAGCUGGGCAACCUUUGCCAAUACCACUCGCUGACCGCACCUUCCAAGUACUUGCAGUGGUAUCCGGGCUUCUCGUUCCGUACUAACCGCAUGGUGCACAGGCUGUGCGAGAUCCUCUUCCACUUCGUUCCAGCAUUCGUGCUGGACAUCGUGCUGCGGCUCACCGGCUCUAAGCCCAUGAUGUUGAAAAUUUAUAGACGUUUCAAAAUGGCAGCACGAACCGGAGAAUUUUUUGCACUUCACCAGUGGGAUUUUAUCAGCAAGAAUAUCCAGGAGCUCAACAAAGACAUCUCGUUUGUCGACCGUCAUACAUUUCCCGUGGACAUCACUCAAGUGGUGUGGGACACAUAUGUCAAGGACUAUGUGUUUGGCAUACGUAACUAUGUACUCAAAGAUCCACCAUCGACCAUCCCUCAAGCGUUGAGCAAACUCCAAAGAUUUUAUUGGAUGCAUAGGAUGGCACAAUGCGCGUUUAUCGGGAUGGUAAUACAUGUCCUCAAAUCGAAGUGAUCAGAAACAAGAUUUUAUUUUUUGUAUAAUAUUAACUACAAAUAUUACGUUAUGUUACAUGAAUAGUAUUAAGUAAUCGAACAUUUAAUUUUUUUUUUAGUGUUACACAACAAUUGAUGUAAUAUUCUAUAACUUUAUGGUAUGCAUAGUAUAAUUUUUAGUAAUAAAAUUAAUUUUAUCGAUCA